AUGGCCGACUGCCAGGAGCUAUCGACCACACUCAGAGAGAUCUACCAGAGCGUCAGCGAGCUGUAUGGUCUGAUCAAAGAUCACGAGCAAGAUUUGGUCGUUGUCGAAAAGGCAGGAUCUCUGAUGGAGAAGACUGAAAUCAAUCUCUCGUAUCUCAAUGACUGCGUUCAGAAGUACGGCAACAACACUCAGCACACAGAUCAGGGUUCUGAUUUCUCGCGUAGCAGAGUUUCCCAAUCUCCAAAUGUCCCAUCAUCGCUCAACAAUACACCAAACGAUGUUGCCACAAGAUCUUAUGGAAAUCUGGAAGAAGUUGAGAUGAAGCGUCAGGUCCAGGACACUAUGAGACAACUGAUAACCGAGAUGGUUGGAUUGUUGGCAAGGAAAGGUUGUUGCUCGACUGAUUACCGCGCGGACUGUGGUAUGAAUCACUUUCAUCAACAGAGUGGCGAGCAGCAGCUCUCGGUCGACGACUCUGAUGACUUCGAAAUACUCUGA